CUGCGGGUGUACUUGUAAAUAAAGCUUGUGGGGAAAAAAAAAAAACUUUCUCCAAAGUGCAGCUGCCACAGGCUUGGAGUGAUUGCAGUGAGCUGGGAUUGAGGUGUCUUGUGGAUUUUGUCCACUACAAAGAAAUUAAAAUGCCAGAAAAUCUAAACACAGGUACUGUUACAGUAGAUAAGGCCCAGGUCCUCUUGAUUGCAGAACGACUUCAGAAAAAACUGAAAGACAAGGGGGACCUUUCUCACCAUGAUAAAAUGGGUAUUUUGAGGGACACUCUAAAUAGUCCUCUAUUUAACCAAAUUUUAACAGUGCAGCAGUCAAUAAAACAACUAAAGGAGCAGCUCAACCGAAUGCCAGCUGACCGCUCUGCAGAAUUUGAUUUCACAAAGAAAGGUUUAUUGGUAUUUGAAGCUGACUCUUCUGCACACUUUGGGAACAAGAGCAACUCUUUGUCCUUUGACAACUUUGUUUCAUCUCGAUUACCUCUUGUUAGUCCUUACCCAGAAGGAGAUGAGUUUAACAGAAAACUUCAACAGAUGGCAGGGGGCAGGCAAAUUGAGUAUAUAGAUAUAGAGAAACCUACUGUAGGAGGCCUUGGAUUUAGUGUGGUAGCACUCAAGAAUCCUACUGUAGGAGAGGCUGGAGUAUUUAUCAGAGAAGUGCAACCAGGAAGCAUCGCCGACAGGGAUGGAAGGCUUAAGGAGAAUGACCAGAUAUUGGCUAUUAAUUAUACACCGAUAGAUAUGAGCGUAUCCCACCAAGACUCCAUAGCAAUGCUUCAGCACUCAUCUGGAUGCAUACGAUUAGUUGUUGCAAAAGCACCGGUUCUAAACAACAAUCAAGCAUCAAUUAGUAAUCUUGAUAACCAGAUCCAUUGGGGCCAUGUGGAAGACAUUGAACUCAUUAAUGAUGGUUCAGGAUUAGGCUUUGGAAUCGUGGGCGGAAAAGCAAGUGGUGUAAUUGUCAGAACAAUUGUACCUGGGGGAUUGGCUGAUCGGGAUGGGAGAUUGAGAACAGGAGACCACAUCUUACAAAUAGGGGACACUAACGUCCAAGGAAUGGCAAGUGAUCAGGUUGCUCAGGUUCUGAGAAACUGUGGAAAUUCAGUUAGAAUGGUAGUGGCCAGAGAUCCUGUUGGGGAAAGCCCCUCAAAGCCUCCAGCACCAACAACUCUGCCAGUGGGUUCAUUACCUCCUAAAGAUGCUAAGGGUAAUGACAAUGAAAAUGCUGAUAAUGAAUAUGACAUUAAACUUACAAAAAAAGAAGGACAGAGUCUCGGCAUAACAGUAGUUGGUUAUACUGGAGCAUUUACUGGUGGUUCUUCAGGAAUUUAUGUUAAAAGCAUAAUACCAGGUAGUGCUGCUGAUCAAAGUGGAUGUAUUCAAGUUCAAGACCGAAUCAUAGCUGUUGAUGGUGUAAACAUCCAAGAAUACUCAAAUCAAGAUGUAGUUGCAGCUUUACGCAAUACUGGACAAACAGUCCACCUCACAUUGUCAAGGAACAAAGAACCUCUUGAACUGGUUGCCAAAGAAAAAUCCGUUGUUAGAGCAGUGCCAGAACUUCCUGCUGACCCACCAGUGACUGAAAUAAACAAGUCUCCUGUUAAUGAGGGAAACCAGGAACAAGCUGAUAACUACAAAAAUGAGAUGAGGACAGGUCCGUCAAACAAAUCUCCUCAAACAAAUUCAUUAAAAUCUAAGUGGGAGCAACGCCUUGGUUCAGAUUAUCUUGUUAUGGUUGUUAAUCUGGAUCCCAAGAUUGAUGAUGAUGCUGAACUGCAGAAAUACUCAAAGCUUCUUCCUAUUCAUACCAUGAGAUUAGGAGUGGAACUCGAUUCCUUUGAUGGCCACCAUUACAUAUCAUCCAUUGCCCCAGAAGGACCAGUUGCCAAACUUGGAAUUUUACAGCCUGAAGAUGAACUGUUAGAGGUAAACGGAGUGCAACUUUAUGGAAAAUCCCGCCGAGAAGCAGUUUCAUUUUUAAAAGAAGUGCCUCCUCCUUUCACACUGGCUUGUUGUCGCCGUUUGAUUGAUGAUGAAAAUGAGACAUUUGUAGAUGAACCUAGUACUUUGAAUACUGAAGAUAAUAAGAACGAAAUUUCUAUUUCAAAAGAUGAAGACCAAACUGUCCAGUCGCAAGAGAGAAGCAACAGUGAAUAUGUACUACCAUUAGGGGACCUGGUAACUGAGGAGGAUGAUGGAGAGUUGGCAAUGUGGUCAUCAGAAGUAAAAGUUGUAGAGCUGGAGAAGGACAGUAGGGGGCUAGGAUUCAGCAUAUUGGACUACCAGGAUCCUUUAGAUCCAGCAAGGACCGUCCUUGUGAUUCAGUCUCUGGUAUCAAAUGGGGUGGCAGAAACAAGUGGCCUGAUUUUACCUGGUGACCGUUUGGUCUUUGUAAAUGAAAAUUACAUGGACAAUGCUUCAUUGGAAGAUGCUGUGCAAAUAUUGACAACUGUGCCACCUGGAAGGACAACCUUAGGCAUUUGCAAGCCAUUGGUGGGUAGCAUUAAAGAAGAAAAAGAUAUAUAUGCAAAUUUGGAAGAUCUUGAAGACAACACAGAUUCUGCAGCUACAGAUUCAAUGAAUCUUGAUGUUUUUCAUAAAUACAAAGAGGAGGUAUUCAUUCAGGACGAACAAGAGGAACUUGUUGAUGAACCAUCAUCGUUGACUAUGGGAAGACCAUUCAACAUAGAGUACAAUAAAGCUGGCUCUUUGCAAGAGUCUUGGGAAAUGCAGGAAUUGGAGGGAUAUGGUGGAGAAAGAGAGAUGCUUGUGGAUGAGGACUACACUGAACAAGAACAGUUGUCUGAGGACAAUGGGCAGUACUUUCUGCAGUAUAAAGGAAUAACAAAAGAUCCUGGCUGUAGCCAACCGUGGAUGGAAGACAUACAUAUGGAUUCUGGACUUAUGAACCUUAAACUUGGAACACAGGAAGAUAUUCUCCACAAUCAGGAUGACUUGACAGGAGUUAGUCAAGAUAAUAUUUACAGCCUUAAAGAACCUGGCAUAGUAUUUGAUCCAGAUGCAAUUGCUCAACAGAAAGACCAUGAAGCGAUAGAAGAUUAUACUAGGACCAUGCACCAAAAAUCCCCACGUAAUCAUUUGGUCUCCUCUAAUGAAUUGCCUGAGAGAGAAGAAGGAGAAGGAGAAGAAACUCCAACUUUCAGUCACUGGGGUCCCCAUCGCACCGUUGAAAUUUGGAAAGAACCUCAGGUUUCCCUUGGAAUUAGUAUUGUUGGUGGACAGUCAAUUAUAAAGCGUCUUAAGAAUGGAGAAGAGCUAAAGGGCAUCUUUAUUAAGCAAGUGCUGGAGAAUAGCCCUGCAGGAAGAACAAAUGCUUUGAAAACAGGAGACAAAAUACUUGAAGUCUCAGGUGUAGACUUAAACAAUGCCACCCAUGAAGAAGCAGUUGAAGCUAUCAAAAAUUCAGGAAAUCCAGUGGUUUUUGUUAUUCAGAGUUUAUCACCAACACCAAGGUUAAUAAAUGUUGGAAAUACAAAGACAUCAAAAUACGAAAAAGCAAGUACAGACGUAACAGUUAAGACUGUGUCUCCUGUUCAUUUCACUGGAGGUCCCCCACCUAUGAAGUUGCCCCCUCCAUACAAAGAAUCUUCUGAUUCUCUACCAUUGGAAAUGAAACCAGAGGAAGACAGCGAUGAUAAAAUAAGACAAAGAUAUGCUGACCUCCCUGGAGAUUUGCAUAUUAUUGAACUUGAAAAGGAUAAAAAUGGACUUGGACUCAGCCUGGCUGGUAACAAAGACCGUUCUCGCUUGAGCAUAUUUGUUGUAGCAAUAAACCCAGAUGGACCUGCAGGACGAGAUGGGAGAGUUCAUGUUGGUGAUGAACUCUUGGAGAUCAACAAUCAGAUCAUUUUCGGAAAAAGCCACCAGAAUGCGUCUGCAAUUAUAAAAGGAGCCCCUUCAACACUCAAGUUGGUGUUUAUAAGAAAUAAAGAUGCUGUUCAGCAGAUGGCUGUUAAUCCAGAUCCAUUGCCAGAGAGUUCUCUAUCAGAUCAGGAACAGUGUGGACUUCCCAGCAAUGUAGAAGAAACUAGUUCUAGAGGCAUCAUGACCAAUGUAACAGAGUCUGAGGCACAAGCUCCUGUUGUCAACCAACUAAAAUACUCCAAGAGUGGUACAAAGAACUCUUCUGAUUCACUGGAUGUGUCAUUGACAUCAGCUCCUCCUUAUCUCCCAGCAGAAUCAGACAUCAGCAGUUAUAGAAACAUGCCCUCUCCUUUGCCUUCAUUUGAUCCAGCAACAUGCCCAAUUAUUCCUGGUCAGGAAAUGACUAUUGAAAUCUCCAAAGGUCGGUCAGGUCUUGGUCUAAGCAUUGUUGGUGGGAAAGAUACCCCACUUGAAGCUAUAGUUAUACAUGAAGUGUAUGAAGAAGGGGCUGCAGCCAGAGAUGGAAGACUUUGGGCUGGAGAUCAGAUUUUAGAAGUUAAUGGGGUGGAUCUGAGGAAUGCCUCUCAUGAGGAUGCAAUCACAGCUCUAAGACAAACCCCUCAGAAAGUACAGCUAACUGUAUACAGAGAUGAAGCCCAGUAUAAGGAUGAGGAAAAUCUUGACAUCUUCCAUGUAGAUCUACAAAAGAAAGCUGGUAGAGGACUUGGGCUGAGCAUUGUGGGUAAAAGAAAUGGAAGUGGAGUGUUUAUUUCCGACAUUGUGAAAGGAGGGGCUGCAGAUGUUGAUGGACGGUUAAUGCAAGGUGACCAGAUUAUGUCAGUUAAUGGAGAAGACAUGCGGAAUGCCUCUCAAGAGAUUGUAGCAACUGUGCUAAAGUGUGCUCAAGGACUUGUGCAUUUAGAGAUUGGAAGACUUCGAGUUGGAUCUUGGAUGACAUCCAGAAAAACCUUUCAAGCUAGUGAGAUCAACCAAAAGAGUUCCCAUGGUGGUCUUCCUCCAUCAUUAAAUCCUGUUAAUUCCAACAUGCAAGACUUUGCUAGCUCCAAGAAAUCUUCUACAGACUCAUCCCAAAGAUAUUCUGGCACAGAAAUGGAGCCACGAACUGUGGAAAUAAAUAGAGGUCCUUAUGAUGCUCUUGGAAUCAGUAUUGCAGGAGGGAAAGGCAGCCCAUUGGGAGAUAUUCCCGUUUUUGUUGCCAUGAUUCAAGCUAGCGGUGUAGCAGCUCGGACACACAAAUUAAAAGUUGGAGAUCGGCUUGUCAGUAUUAACCAACAACCACUGGAUGGGCUGUCGCAUGCGGAAGUGGUGAAUAUCCUGAAGCAUGCAUUUGGAACUAUUGUUUUGCAGGUUGUGGCAGACACAAAUAUUAGUGCAAUUGCAAGCCAGUUGGAAAGCAUGUCUUUGGGCCAGGGAGUAAACAGUGAGCACCAGGUGGAAGAUGGAGAAUCACCUGUACCAAAAACUAUUCAUUUGGAGAAGGGCGCAGAUGGCCUUGGGUUCAGCAUUGUAGGUGGUUAUGGAAGUCCACAAGGAGAUCUGCCAAUUUAUGUCAAAACAAUAUUUUCAAAGGGAGCAGCUGUGGCUGAUGGGAGGCUGAAACGGGGAGACCAGAUUUUAUCGGUUAAUGGCGAGAGCUUAGAGGGUGUCACUCAUGAUGAAGCAGUUGGAAUUUUAAAGAAUCAAAGAGGAAAUGUAACGUUAAGUGUUUUGUCAUAGUCUUUAACCAUUCUAUGAAUUGGUUUCCUUAAUCACU